CGCCAGCACUCUCCACGCCCCCGCCAUGAACAUAUUCCGCUUCCUCGGCGACCUCUCCCACCUCGCCUCCAUCCUCAUCCUCCUCCACAAAAUCCAGACAACCAGGUCCUGCCGCGGCAUCUCCUUCAAGUCGCAGCUCCUCUACCUCAUCGUCUUCCUCACCCGCUAUGUCGACCUCGUCACCCACCCGCUCGUCUCCGUCUACAACACCGCCAUGAAGCUCUUCUUCAUCGCGUCCACCGCCUACACCCUCUACCUCAUGAAGUUCAAGUACCGGCCGACACACGACGCCUCCCUCGAUACCUUCCAGCUCUCGUACAUCUUUGGCCCCGUCGCCGUCCUUGCCCUCUUGUUCAACUACAAGUUCACGCCCUUUGAGAUCACCUGGUCCUUCUCCAUCUGGCUCGAGUCGGUCGCCAUCCUUCCGCAGCUGUUCAUGCUCCAAAGAACGGGCGAGGCCGAGACGAUCACCACACAUUACCUCGCAGCCCUCGGUCUGUACAGGGGAUUGUACAUUCCCAACUGGAUGUACAGGUACUUUACCGAAGGCGCCUUUGACGCCAUUGCUGUCGUUGCCGGUAUCAUUCAGACCGCCAUCUACGCCGACUUUGGAUAUAUCUACGUCACAAGAGUCCUCCGCGGCCAAAAAUUCGAGCUCCCCGCCUAAGUGUGCAAUCCAGGCAUGUAGUAUUAAACAAGCAUAGGGGACGACAUGAAAGAACCAUUCUCAUUGCCAAGUGUAAAAAACGUGACUCUCUGCUGGUACAAUCUAUAAAACUGAAAUUUCAAUCUGGAUAGGGCAAGUAUACUCUAAACCUACUGAUGAUCAUUAUAGAUACACGUUACAUAUUUAUCAAAACCAAUCAAAUAUAAUAAUCAAACUAUCGUCCAUGAAGAAGGAAUUACACAAUACAGAUAAAUAAUAUGCGGAAAAUUGAUAAAUGGGCGAAUAUAAUGUUGAUAAAAAAUGAAGCAUGUACUGUAA